CAACUGCCAUCUCCUCUCUCUGUCUCACGGGUCUUGAUUCUCUCGUAUAAGCUUUUCAUGCCACCUGUUCGCAAUGAGAGCAGCAGCUUCCAUUCUGAGGCCCUCACGUUUAUAUCUUCUCUUCUCCCUCCUUUCUCCGCUCUUCCUCUUCCCAAGUUGCUGAAGUUAAUUUACAGACUUAUGGUAAUGUCUUCUUCUUCUUCUUCUUCUCUUCUUCCUCCCUUUUCUUUUUACGUUUGCUUGCUCCUCCUCCUACUUCUGCUACGAAUCUCAGAAUCUGAAACAAUAACCAAAUCCAAGCUCACCAACACCACUCGCCAUUAUCGCCAGCUCUCCUACGAUUACCACGGCAAGACCUGCCCUCAGCUCGAGCAGCUCGUCGCGUCCGUCACCUCUCAACAGUACCGCGAAGCACCCAUUUCUGGACCCGCCACCAUUCGCCUCUUCUUCCACGACUGCUUUGUCGAAGGUUGCGAUGCAUCGGUCCUGAUAGCGUCGAAGCCGGGAAACACGUCAGGUUUAGCAGAGAAGGAUGCGCACGAUAACAAGAACCUACCGGUGGAGGCGUUCGAUAGCAUAAAGAAAGCCAAGGCCCUGGUUGAAAACAAGUGUCCAGGUGUUGUGUCUUGUGCAGAUAUUCUUGCAAUUGCAGCCCGAGAUUUCGUCCACUUGGCAGGGGGCCCAUACUAUCAGGUGGGGAAGGGUAGGUGGGAUGGCCGAAUUUCAAUGGCGUCAAGGGUGAGCUUCAAUCUCCCACGUGCGAAUUCCUCGGUGGACGAGCUUCUUAAACUCUUCGGGUCGAAGGGGCUAAACCUAGAAGACCUAGUUGCACUUUCGGGUGCCCACACUAUAGGGUUCGCCCAUUGCGAGCACUUCGUAAGUCGGCUCUACGACUAUCGGGGCACCAAGAAGCCCGACCCAUAUAUAGAGCCGAGGUUUCUGAAGGCCCUCCAGAUGUCGUGCCCUCCAUUUGGUGGCAACGUGGAUGUGGUGGCGCCGUUCGAUGUGACGACCCCGUUUUCAUUCGACCACGCGUAUUAUGGGAACUUGCAGGCUAAGAUGGGCCUGCUGGCGACGGACCAGGCUUUGUUCUUGGAUCCAAGGACAAGGCCCAUAGUGGUGGAGCUUGGGAAGGAUAAGCAACGGUUCUUUCAGGCGUUCUCGGCAGCAAUGGAAAAGAUGGGGUCAAUAGGAGUGAAGAGGGGAAGGAAACAUGGGGAGAUCAGAAAGGACUGCAGUGUGCAUUCGUGAUGGCCAUGCCACGGUCUUUCUCUGUUGACUGCUUGGGUGUUGUUUGUUCCCUAUCUCUCUCUCUCUCUGAUAGAUGAGGCUUUUGUGCAUGUUUGCUGAGUGGCUGAAGUGAAAAAUGUUUUCUGCUUUUUCGCUUUUUUGA